AUGGCAACGGCAACCCGACCCAUGAAAUUCAUCCAUCUCGAUGGACGUCACGUCACAGAACCUAUCAUCGGUCUGGGAGGUUCGUGCAUUGUUAUACAGCAGCACCAAUACGCCGUCAAGAUUCCCAAACUCUCUCGCCCACUUCAAGAGGACGCUACAGAAUCUGAUCACGAAAGCGAUUACAACGAGAUUUUAGUAGUAACACAGGCCCUGCUGGCGGAGAAGUUGAUCUACCAACGAUUGGGCGAGCAUCCACAGAUUGUCAGGUGCCACAACGCUAGCGACACAGAGCCCAUGAUUGAGAUGGAGAUCGCGGAUAAAGGGAGUCUUCGGAGCUUUCUUCAGAAAGCUGACAUUGGCAAGGCCCAGAAGCUGGUAUGGUUGAAACAAAUAGCUUCUGCUCUAGUUUUCGUCCAUGAGAGGAAGGUCAUUUUCGGGGACGUACGGCUCGACAACUGCUUACUUGACCAGAAGCUCCAUGUGAAGCUUUCAGAUUUUGGCAACUCUACCUUGAUGUCGCUUGAUUGGGAUUUGGUUGGGGCUGACGAACAAGGAUAUUCUGUUCAAACCGACAUCGGGCAGUUUGGUGCUCUUAUCUAUGAAAUAACUACUUUAGAAGGAUGUAAAUUCGAUCUGUGGCAGGGAAGCAAUAGGAAGAUUGCCACUUGGCCACAAAGGAGCAGUCUUCCAGCGACUGAGGGUAAAUGGCUUGCCGAAGUAAUGGAGAAGUGUUGGACACGUGGCUUUGUAUCUGUAACGGAGCUGAGGGAUGAAUUGGAGAAAUGCUCACCGAAUUGA